UAGACAACCUCUACUUCGACAUGAACGGCAUCAUCCACCAGUGCUCCCACAACAAUACUUCCGACGCGCCGCUCCUCUCCGAUGACGAGCUGGCUUACGGCGUCUUCGCGGUUGUCAACCGCCUGGCGCAUCUUAUCCGCCCGCGGAAGAUGAUCUACCUGGCCCUUGAUGGUGUGGCCCCUCGUGCCAAGCUCAACCAGCAGCGCUCGCGUCGCUUCACCAAGGCCCCCCCCCAGUAUGACGACGAGGAGGGCGCCCCGGCGCCGGUCUUCGACACGAACUCCGUUACCCCGGGCACCGAGCUGAUGGACGACCUCGGCCGGCGCCUGCGGCACCUGAUCAACCUGAACAUGAACAUGGACCCGGUCUGGCGCAAUGUCCAGGUCAUCUUUUCCGGCACCGACUGCCCGGGCGAGGGUGAGCACAAGAUCAUGUCCUACAUCCGCCAGCUGCGCCAGUCGCCGGACCACGACCCGAACACCUCGCACUGUCUGUACGGCCUGGACUCGGAUCUCAUCAUGCUGAGUCUGGUCACGCAUGAGCCGCACUUUUGCCUGCUGCGCGAGCAGCUGCUCCAUGCUCCGCCCUUCAACCGGCCCACCAAUGCCGGCAUCGUGGCAUCGACCCUGAGCGGCAGCGCCGCCAAGCAGCCCCUCCCCCCGGUGGCCGGCGGCGACCAGUACACCCUCUUCUAUGUGGGGCUCCUGCGGGAGACCCUGGAUUUGGAGUUCCGCGACUUGGACCCGCUGAUUCGCGAGCACUCUCCCAACCCGGCCGACCGGUACAACCCGGAGGCCAUCUACGACGAUUUCGUGGCCCUCUGCAUGCUGGUGGGCAAUGACUUCCUCCCGAACCUGCCGUCGCUCUACAUCCCGGAGGGCUCGCUCAAUGUCAUCCUGGAAACCUACCGCCGCGUGCGCCCCCACCUGGGUGGCUACAUCAAUGAAUCGGGCGUGCUGAAUGCCGCGCGCUUGCGGCGCAUCUUCAUCGAGCUGGCCGACCUGGAGACGGCCUACUUCGAUUCGGCCAACCAGGCCAGUCUGAUUUCGAUCGACCCGCGCGACCGGCUGAUGGUCCAGCAGGCGGUCGACUCGCCGGAGCAUGCGGCCGCCCUGUCGGCCCUCGGGGCCGGGGGUUCCUCCUCCUCCUCCUCCUCUCGGAAGGAUGCUCGGCUGUCGGCGGUGCGUGCCGCGUCGGCCAGUCAAUUCCCGCCGGACGUGUCGCACGACCUGCUGGUCGAGGCGCGCAGUGAUGCCUCGGUCUCGGAUGCCGGGGCGGCCGGCGGGGCCACCUCCGAGGGCGACGGCCUGGGCAGCUCGGCCACCGCCGCCGGCAGCGGCGGUGCUGCUCCCCUGGCCGAGCUCCCGGGGGCCGACGAUGACACCAACGCCGCCAACGCCAACAACACCGACGACAGCGAGGAUGACGAUGAUGGCGAUGCCUCCAUGAAGAGCUUCUCGCCGGAGUUCAUGCAGGCCAUCCAGUCGGCCCUGGCGUCGGAGCCGCGCCACGCCUCGGCCCCGGACUCCAGCACCGCCUACAAGCGCACGGUCACCUUCAUCACCCCCUCGCAGUUGGUGAUCUUCAAGCGCCUGCGCAGCUUCUUCCUGCUGCACGGCCUGACCGAGCCGGCGCUCGAUGAAUACCGCCAGGCCAACCAGCAGAUCGCCUUCCCGGCCACGCUGACCCCGAUGGACAUGGCGUUCCUGAUGCGCGCGUGCAGUGACCUCGGCCUGUCGUACAUGCGGGACGAUCGCCAAGUGAUCAUCAAGGUGCCGGAGCUCAUCGUCGGCAUCAUGCCCCUCAUGCGGACGUAUUAUGAGGCGGUCUUUGCGGCGUACCUCAAUGCGCCGAUUCGGUCGCGCACCUUCACCGCCACGCCGGCCGCCGCGGCCGAGCGCCUCUCCCUGGCGUAUGCCCGGUCGCGGUGUGUCUACCGGCUGACGCGCCUCGGCGUGCCGCAGGAUGACGCGGCCAUCGCCGAGGCCCUGGUCACGGUGGAUGGUUCCCCGGGCCGGGAUCUGGCCGACCUGCAGGCCGAUCUGCCGUCCAUCCGCCUGCCGGAUGGGCAGAACAUCGCCGGGCCCUUCACCCAGGGGCUGCACUACCUGCCGGCCAGCCAGUACCGGGACCUGGAGCGCCGGCCGGAUUACCGGGCCCUGGUGGACCGCGUGUCGCUGGAGUACUACCGCGGCUUGCAGUGGGUCCUGUACUACUAUUACCAUGGGAUUCCCAGCUGGGGCUGGUUCUUCCCGAUGUACUAUUCGCCGCUGAUUUCGGACCUGGCCCGGGUGGAGCUCCUCCAGGAGCCGGCCCUGCGGUACUAUUCGCACUUUGACUUGCAGCGUCCGCUGGACCCCUUCGAGCAGCUGCUGUCGGUGCUGCCGCCGGCUUCGGCGGCUCUGGUGCCGGAGGGCCUCCGGCCAUUGAUGAGCAGUGACCCGGCCCAGUCGCCGGUGGCGGACUUCUUCCCGGCCGACUUCCAUGUGGAUCUCAAUGGCAAGAUGAAUGACUGGGAGUCGGUGGUGUUGGUGAAUUUCAUCGACAUCGACCGGCUGCGAGAGGUGAUGGCCCUUCCGAUGUCCCGGCUGCCGAAUGCCGUGCUCUCGCGCAACCAGAACUCCAUGGAGUACUUUGUCUUCCGUCAUGAUCCGUCUGUGUCGUAUGAGCUGGCGCUGCUGGACACCGGGGUGUCGGCGGCCGAUGGCGCGGCCCCGGCCCCGGGCAUCCUCGGUGGCACCAUCCAGACCAUGGUGUCCAAUAUCGCGGUCCAGCGCCAUGUCAUGCGCUAUGCCGAGCUCAAUCGCCUGACGCCGAUCCGGCACUUUGGCCUGCUGCCCGGGGUCCGGCUGGGUGCCGAUGCGCCGCUCGGCCUGCCGACCUUCCACUCGCUGGCCGUGCGCAAGCAGAUGAUCUUCAUGUCUCGGCGUGGGCAGACCGCCAAGAAUGAGACAUUGGCCUUGCGCCUGCCGACGCUGCAGUUCAUCCUGCCCGGCACCGGGGCCGCCCGGUCGGACUUCCAGGAGGCCGCGCAGGAGCAGGGCGCCGCCGGGGCCCUGGGCACCGGUGGGCCUGGCCAGUCGACGCCGGCCGCCCCGCUGGAUGGGGCCUUCAUGUCCAGCCAGCGGAACUUCCACCUGGCCGGGCUGGGGAGCCUGUGCUACUAUUCGUGGCCGGUGCUGCGUGCCGGCCAGCUGGUGGGCAUCGUGGACAUCAGCAGUGGCCAUCUGUUUACCCCGUCGGCGGUGAAUCCCCUUUCCGGGCUGAGCGCCAGCGGGGCCCCGGAGGAGGGUGGCAGUGGCUCGGAUGACGCCAGUGCCCGGCCCCUGGGCGGUGGCACUAAGAAGCAGCCGCCGGUCUAUUGCUUCCAGCUUUGCCCGGAGCGGUUGCGCCAUUUCCAGGACCACGCGGCCAUCCUGAGCAAUGCCUACAAUGACCUGGCCAUCCUGGCCGGCGAGCAGGUGGUUCAGCUGGCCGUCAUCCGGCCAUUUACCUCGAAUGCCCUGCUGGUGACCGACGGCACCGAGGGGGCCGGGCUGGCGGGGGCGAGCCAGGCUGCCGAAGCCGGCGAGGGGGCCGAGGCGGCCGGGAAUGCCGCCGGCGUCACCGGCGCCGGGUCGUCCCCCUCGGGGUCCCUGUCGACGGUCUUCUCGCCGUCCUUCUCGGCCGAUGUGUCCCGGCUGGUGGUGUCCCCCUUGCAGUCGGUCAUCCUCGGGAGCGACUGGUCGGACAGCCGGUUCCUGGCGCGCCCGCCCAAGACCAUUGACCAGGCCUUCCCCAUCGGGUCGACGGUGCUGCUGAUGGGCAGCUCGCCGCAGCGGAACAACCGCCGCGCGCACAUGCUCUCCUACAAUGUGCAGCUGCCGAAGCACAAUGUCACGGCCUCCUUCGGCCAGCUGGGCACGGUGCUGGGCUACCUGAAGAAUGGCCAUGUGGCGGUGGAGCUGUACACCCCCCCGCCGCCGAGCUACCUGCCGUGGGAUGCCUCCAUCGAGCCGAAGGUCGACACCAACCAGCACUGGGCCUCCUUCUUCCCGCUGAUGAAGGUGGGCCAGCUGCUGAAUGUGUCCACGUCGCUGAUUCUGCGUGUGAUCAGCCGCCUGCGGCUGGUCCUCCCGAAUGAGGGCGGCGGGUCCGGCAGCUCGCGCAGCUCCCACCGGUCCAUCGAAAUCGGCCUCAACAUGCGGGACUCCUUCAUCCACGAGUACUCGCCGCUGUUCCUGCUGCCGACCCCGAACUACAUCAAGGCCUUGAGCCGGGCUCGGGCCAGUGGCACGGUCCCGGCCCUGAGCCUCAAGAAUGUGGAGUACCUCUUCACCAAGCCCGGGCUGGGCCUGCUGGCCCUCUACUUCGCCAACAUCCGCCGGCUGUCGCCGCGCGUGGACCUGCGCAGCAUCCGCAUCGACAAGAAUUCGGUCCCGCUGCAUGCGCUCUUCCCGAACAUCGAGUCGGCGCGCCUCUUCCAGACCUGGGUCAACACCUCCUUCAACUCGCACUUCCGCGUGGCGGUCGGCUCGCAGUCUCUCAGCUCGUGGGACAUCCAACGGCUGGCCGAUGGCCGGAGUGUCUUCCAAAUGUCCCCGACCCUUCCCCAGCACCAGCGCCCGCUGGUGUCGGUCCCGGCGGCAUACCUCCUGUCGCAGGAGCAGGUCGACGAGGAUCGCAUUGUCUACCCCUCGCUGAUGGUGGACCCGGACAAUGAGCUGGCCCCCUGGUCGGUGUACCAGCCCAUGCCGUACCUCCUGACGCGUGUGGCCAUUGUCGGGACGGUGCCCAACCGGUCGGUGCCCUUCGGCACGGUGGGCACCGUGGUGGUGAACAACCCCCUCAACCGGACAUCCAUCAUCCUGCUGGACCGGCCGCUGGACGCCACGCGCGCCUUCGCCACCAAGCAGCCGUCGGACAUCGACUCGGUCGAUCUGCUGAGCAAUCACCUGUGCCCGAGCGCCGCCGGGUCCUUCGCCCUGCUGGGCCAGUGUGUGGAGAGUGUCCAGAGCCUGACGCACAUUUCCUACAGCCUGGUGUCGGUUCCCUGGAGCAAGCUGCUGCUGCUGUACUACAGCAGCAAUCGCCAGGUGGAGGUCCGCCACAAGGGCCGGCCACUGCUCUUCCCCGGGCUGAAUGAGUACAGCCGUGCGGUCAAGCUGACCCCCAGCAUCCAGAGCCUGCUGGCCGCGCGUGGGGGCAACUACCUGUCCCCCCGGUCGCUGAGUGUCUCGGAGUUGGUCAGCUCCAGCUCCAUGCCGGUGCUGUACUCGCGCUUCCGGAGCACCGCCCUGGCUGGCGAUCCGGAUGGCGAGUUCAUCCCCGACCGUGACCCCUUCCAGCUGUGGCUGGACAUCCCGGAGUCCAUCUCCAACCUGAACCUGGCCAGUGCCAAUGCCGGGGCCAAGUCCUCGGAUGGCUUUUCCGAUGACGAUGAUGACGGUGAUGAUGGCCCGGUCGGCGCCGGCGAUGGGGAUGCCCCUGCUGCUGCCCCUGCUGCUGCUCCUGGUGCCCCGGUCUCCGAGCAACAGCAGCAGCAGCAGCAGCAGCAGCGCCCCUUCGCCCCGAAGUUGGUCACCCGCGAUGGGGGGAGCUCGUCCCGUCGCCAGCCGCGCCCGGCUGGCAAGGGUCCUUCCGGCGGCGGCGGCGAUCCCGCUCCGGCCCCUGCCAGCGGGCCCGCCGCCACCAGCCCCACCUUCGCCACGGAGUCGCAGCCGCAGUUCCUCAAGGGGGCUUCACAUGCCUCCCGGGCGUCGAAGCCCAACCUGGUGGAUGUGUUUGGCAAGUCCCCGCUUGUGCAGUCGUCCUUGACGGCGUCGCAGUCGGCCUCGCCGAUGGCGGCCCCCGGGCGCCUGGUUCAGCGCCCCGCUCCCCCGGGCGCCGGCGGAAGCCCCACCGACUCGUCGACCAGCGGCUCGCCGCCCCCCGGUCAGCAGUCCGCCCGUGUGGCCAUGCUCUUUGGCCCGCGUUCGCCCGGGUCCGGCUCCUCUGCCGGUGGGUCUCCCCCCAAUGGCAGCCAGUGAGGGGAGAGAGAUGGGCAGAGCGGGCAUCGCCCUAAGCGGGGGGGGGGGGACGGGCGGG